GCAAGGAGUGUUCUUCAUCAGUGAUGACGGUGUAUUCAGGCUAUAUGGGCGGCAGUUGGUACACCGAUCCCGGAUCUGGAGCCAACUACCUGUGUCUACCACCCAAUCCCGCUGGCGGUAUCAUAGCGAAACCUGCCUCCUAUUCACACCUUGGCGGCACCGAAUACGAAGUCUCGAACCGGUUAGAGAACAACCAAGAUGCGCUGUGUGCCGUGUGUUUCGUGAAAAACCGCUCAUCCAACAUCAUGAUACCCGGCACAAACAGCUGUCCGUCUGGGUGGACCACCGAGUACACGGGUUUACUCAUGACCGGAAACAACGCACACGCCGGCUCAUCGGAGUUCAUCUGUGUGGACAGCAAACUGGAAGGCCGCAUCGACUCAAAUGCUGACCGGGACGGCAGGCUGCUGUUACUGGUGGCUAGCUUCUGUGGCAGUCUACCCUGUCCUCCUUACCAGAACAACAACAUCCUGCAAUGCGUUGUUUGCUCCAAGUGAGAGACUAUUUGAUUUAUCUGAGCA